AUGUUCGACCGUUUCCGACCGCUUGAGGUGUUGAAUUUGGGCCACAAUGAGUUGAUUAAAAUUUCAGAAUACGCUCUGGCCGGACUGACAGCGCUGACGGUCUUAAAUCUCAAUCAUAAUCAUUUGGCUGAGUUGUCGGAGCAUCAUUUAAUGAAUCUGUCAGCUCUUAAAGAAUUGGAUUUGAGUUGGAACGAUUUGAAAUACCUUCCAUCACAUCUUUUCAGAAAUAUUACCGGGUUGGAAUCAUUAUCUCUUAGCGGAAACAUCCGACUGACCCAGUACAUUCACGAAUCUCCGGACGCCCUCAAAGAUGUCCUUCAGCGAGGAUUACGUCGUCUUAAGUUGAACCACUUGGAGCUUGUUGAUCUUCCUGAAAAUUUGUUUAAUUUGGCAUAUAAUCUGGAAGAAUUAUACAUCACUAACAAUUACUUCACCAAACUACCCGAUUUAUAUGUAGGAUCAUUAAAGAGAUUGGAUGUAAGUGGUUCGAAUAUCUCUGUGCUGCAAACUGGAAAUUUCUUAUAUCUUCCCAGUCUAGAGGUUCUUCACAUGAAUCGAAUGAAGCUACUGACUCGCGUAGUAGAAGGAGCGUUUGUCGGACUGAAGCAUCUCCAAGAAUUGUAUAUGGAGAAAUGCCUCAAUCUAACGUCUUUUGAUGGGAUGGCUUUCGGAGGUCCGACGUAUAAUCCACCUCCUCUGCGUAACUUCUCGUUGAAGCACAGUGGCUUACAGACUCUAUCAAAAAAGCUUUUUCCAGUCUUUUCCGAUAUCCAACAUUUAAAACUGCAAGGAAAUCCAUGGGACUGUGAUUGCAGAUUACGUUGGUUCAAAGAAAUGAACUUUUCUAAAGAAAUUGAGCAUGUUAGAUGUUAUUUCCCGCAGAGCCUUCACAAUAGGACUAUUGCUAGUCUUGAGAGAUCUGACUUUGUGUGCAUGACGAAAAAGACUCGAGUGUUGUACGGUCUUAUGAUAUCCAUGGCUGUUCUCUUUGGAUUAAUAGCGUUGCUCGCUAUUGUGGCUUCUUUUGAUUCAUUGCGAGGCAAAUGUUGUGGACAGCAAAUAUCACAUCGAAUCCGCUACGAUCCUAUGUUGGUCCAGUUGCAUCCAAACAACGCUGAGAAUUAUGGGGAAGACUAUGAAGGACCUAAUUCAAUUAGCUUUAUAAGCAGAGUGAGAUAGCAAAGAAGAGCAAAAAAGUAAAGCGUUGUUUUGAAGUUUCUAGAUAUAUAAUUUUUAAUUCCCUUUUCUAGUUAUCUAGUUUCGAUAAAUGUGUCGCGCGCGCGUGUGUG